GACAGCAGUGCAGCUGACAUGGAUAUUCUCUUUCCUCUGAGUGUUAUCGAUACAGAGCUGUGCCCCAGCCCCGUUCCCCAGAUCAUCCAUCUCAUCCUCUUCGUUGGGUUUAGCCUGGUGUUCCUCAUCAUCUUAAGCCCCUACUUUCCCAGGGAGCCGUCCUCAGUGCCUCCCAGAGAGGAGAACAGCGAGAAUGAUAAAGCUGAAGUGGGGGAAUGGCUCAGGAUCGGAAAUAAAUACAUCACCUGGAAAGCUUGCAGAAGUCUUUGA